AUGUGCCGUAACUACAGUGCGGACGAGUUCGUCAGAGAUGCCGUCAACUACACGAAGGCGCUCGGGCCUAUUCCGCUGCUGGGGGAGAAGCUGCGGCCGGGGAUGAAUCUGUUCACCUCCAUCUUCUUCUACAAAAUACGCACCUCGGCGAUCCCCGAGGUAAAACUCCAGAUUUCACUGGCCGAAUCCGGGCAUUUGAUAUUUCUCAGCGAGCGCAGUAUCGCAACCGAGAAUAUGACCCAACAUCUUGAGCUUUUGUUUUCAGUGGUCACGAAGACCAUUGUCACGUACCACGCUGGAUUCAGCCCUGAAACUCCGGAAACCAAGCGGCAACUCGCGGAGUUGAGAUCCAUCUUCGAGCGGUUCUUUGUUUUCUUCCUCGAAGAAUCGCGUCCCGACGCUCCGAUGACGAACAUCACCCUGGACGAGCUGCAGGAAUUGGCCCCAGAGUGGGUCGGCACGUUUACCAAACUCUCCGAACACCUUAUGGUCAAACAUCUGCGGACACCCGGUGACAAGGAGGUGAUUGAGCACAUCGGCCAAAAUGUUCUCGUCUCGUUCCUGGAGGUACUCGAUGAGAACCCGUGGCUGACUCCAGAGAGCCGCGCCAUUCUGAAAAAGAGGCUGAUCAACAUGCAAAACAUGCUCGGCUACAACACGAAUGCUAUCGAUCUACGAGCCGCCGAGGAGAUUGCGAAAUUUAUCACGAUUCCCGACGUGGCGACCCCGUUCGAGUGGCUGAAGAUGACUUGGCGUAUCCGUUGGGCUCACGAGAAUUUUGACGUUGGGGAUACGGUGGUCGAUCGGGCAGGCACGUCGUUGACCGGCUUUCAGGCGGAGAAUGUUCAUUACAAGGCCCAUCCCUUCCAUCCGGUGCGCUUCAACGGGAACAUGAAGAACUUUGAGGAGUUUGCGACGGCGUUCAAGUGUCCUCUGAACUCGCCGAUGAACCCGAAGAACAAGUGCCGUGUCUGGCGUCGCAUCAAGAAGCAC